AUUGACGUGUAAUACAAAAUUUCUGUUAACGAAAAUGGCUGUUCGCUAAUUUUGUUGUGUAUAUAUACAUAUAUAUAUAUUAAUAUACGGUGAAAAUUAUACUAAACACGUAAAUAACCUAACGUAUUAUCGAUCGUGUAAAACGCGCGUAAACAUGCCGCGUACCAAAGCAUCACCUAAAAAGUGCGUUAAAACCACUAAUUCAUAUCCAGGAACAAAUACAUGGGUUUUUUUGAUGAAAGGUGAUAGCUUGAGUAAUACAGAUGGAGGUAUACCUGAUGUGAUUAAAUUGAAACAUCCAGCUACAAAUCAACCCGCAAUGUUUGUAUUUAGUCCAGGCAACACAACAGUGCAAGAAGUUUUAACAUUUGAUGAAAAUAAAAGAUCGUGGUUUAUAGAUGAUAAUGUUAAGUCUGAUGGGAAAAUGCACUUAUCUACCCCUAUUGAUCCAAUAUUUUUAGUGAUACCAUAUUUACGAAAGUCUCAACAUGUACAACCAUUAGAUCAGUGUCUAUGGGAUGAAGACUUUCCUGAGACGCCUCGUCUAGCUCAAUGUCAGAACUUAAAGUUGACAUUAAUUGCUGAUCGUAAAGGAGAUGAAUCAUUGCAAGCCUAUAAAUUUAAUGAAGAGAAAACAUUAACUUGGCUGCAAAAGAAAGUCGAAAGAGUAGUUGCUGUAUUAAAGCAAAAGGGUAUCCAUGUAUCGCAAGGUGCUAUUAGUGCUACAUACGUCACAAGUAUUAAACAUGACAGUGCUUCAGAUGGAGAAUAUUUAAAGUAUGCACAUGGUAUAGUAUCGGAAUAUCUCUCAGAAGAUUUGUCAAAGAAGUUAGCACAGCAUUUACAUGUAACGGAUGAAACAGAAAGUAAGAAACGAAAGUUAAGUAGUCCUAAUGAUAGUACUGAUGAAAAGAGGCCUAAGAAAGAAGUAGCUGAAAGUGAAUCAAUAUUAAAACCGAAAGCUCCUCCUGAUUUGCCUAAACCGGAAAAGAUUCAAAAAUCUACUGUUGGUAAAAAGGAAUUAGCCAGGCAAAAAGCAGCAGCUGGAUCUAAAAGUAUUACUAGUUUCUUCAAGAAGAAAUAA